AUGGAUGAACUUACAGAUGCAGAACAUUUACGAAUUGAACAAAACCGAAAACGUGCCUUAGAACUUAGACUUUCACAAGUUGUGGCAAAUGAUCGUCAUGAUGUUUAUGCAUCAGUCCCACAAUCAAAACUGAAUACAAAAUACUUAAGUGAUGGUGGUUUUAUUUUUGAAGAGGAAACUUCUAAUCAUAAUUAUCCUUAUACAGAAAAAGAUGAAGAAUUUUCAGAUCCAGAAUUAAAUGCAACUGUUAAACCUAAAAAACGCAAACCAAAGUGUAUAAAACAAUCAAACGCUGAGUCGAAUCUCCUCAUAACUGAAUCCAAUGUACCUAUUCCCCUGAUCAAGAAAAACCAACUUGUGAUUUAUGCCAUAAACUAUGUUUGUGAUAAAUGUCGAGAUCCUAAAAAUAUUCAUGCUUUAAUUACUAAAAGUUCAGCAAAAGAACGUUAUUUACUAAAUGAUGUUGAUUUAGACAUACGUGAACCGAAAUUGAACUAUUUGUUGAAACGUAAUCCGCACAAUUCAAGUUGGGGGGAUAUGAGGCUGUAUUUGGAAGCACAAAUUGCUGAACGUGCUCUAGAAAUCUGGGGUAGUGAAGAUGCAUUAGAAAAAGAACGUGAAAAGCGCCUUAAGCGCAAUGAAGAAUCGAAACUUAAAAAUUAUAGUAAAAAGGUUAAAGAACUGAAGCUUCAGACACGCAGUAGCUUAUAUACGAGAGUGCAUAAAUCUCAUGAACAUGUGUUCGGGCCGGAGAAAUAUGAUUCUAAGUCAGAUAUUUACUAUAAAUGCUGUAUUGAAUGUGAUUACAAAUCAACUUAUGAAAAAUUGUGA